CUCUAAUGUGCCCAUUUUAGAUUGUCUCGACGAAUGGAGUAUACGCCUUUAAGAGAGGAUCUUGACGAGAUUCGAGUUAUCACCAUUCUUCCAACCUCCGCUGAUGGACUCGUUCAUUGCACCAUCGAAGUUGUCUCUCUCACGGACCGGAAUGAGAGGGGUGAAAACCACGAAGCCACCGAAGCUCCUGCACCAUCACAAUACCGCUUCAAAUGGGGUGAUUAUGCAUGCUUGUCGUACACGUGGGGGGAUCCGACGAAAACGGCAAGCAUCAUUGCCAAUAGCGUCCAAAUCCAAGUGCCCACCAAUUUGGAAGCUUGCCUUCAAACCAUGCAAAAUCGAUCGAUGUUUGGAGCAAGAUUCAAGGUAUGGAUUGAUGCCAUCUCUAUCAAUCAAAGGGAUACCGCAGAGCGUGGUCUUCAAGUUGGCAAGAUGCGAGAACUUUAUACUGUGGCCUGGUCGGUCGUGAUAUGGCUAGGUGCGGAGUGUUCAGAUAGCCAGAAAGCCAUCGAUCUCUUGGAAAAGCUGUCGCGUUACUACGAUCAUGGAGACAAAGAUGAACGCAAUAUCCCAAAUCUGAACCUAGAAAUUGAGGCACUUAGGUCUUCCCUGAAAAAUGACCCUGAAUAUCUUGGUAGAGGAAGUUGGGUGGCUCUACGAGAAUUCCUGAGCCGCCCUUAUUGGGACCGACUAUGGAUCAUACAAGAAGUUCUGAUCAGCGCCUCGAAAACCGUACUCUGUGGGAGUCGCUCCAUUAAUUGGGAUAUCCUUUGCAAAGGGAUAGGCACUAUCCAUCAGUCCCUUUUCGUGAUGAAAAACGAUCUUCUCGACCACGACCAGAAAGUCUGUGAGAAGACGUAUCUAGAGCCGUGGAGCACGAAAAAUUUGCAUCGGGUGUUGAAGGACUUGUGGCUUCUGGGUGAAGAACUCAAGCAGAAAAGCAACUCGAUCUAUCUUCCAAGCAAGCGAGCCGACAGCCAUCCUCGGUUUCAAUUUCAUCGCAAACCAUUGGAUAUUCAUCGCCUCCUGGAAAUCUCAAAGCAGUCGCUUGGAUCUGAUGCAAGAGACAGAUUCUACGGCUUGCUUGCAAUUGUGGAGCCGGAGUUUGCAAGUCAGAUCAGACCCUCAUACGCCAUAGACGCCGGAGCGGCUUUCAACAUGGUUGCAAAGACGCAUAUUCAAACAUAUAAUUCGUUGGAGAUUCUGAGAGAGGCAAACCCGUGGGGUGGCAACGACUCGGCAUCUUGGGCUCCGGACUGGACAUGGCAGGGACGAAAUCGGUUCAAGAUGCACCUCGUGCCUUACAAUGCAAGUGGCAGCACUCCUUCAAGUGCUCGAUUCUUAGACCAGGACAAGACUUUGAUUUGCAGUGGUGUGAUAAUUGACAAAAUUGACGGCCUGGGGCUGCGCCGUCGAGAGGCCCGAGGCGGUGUUAAUCACGCUGCUGAGUUGUGGGAAUUCAAAGCAGACACGAUGGUGCAGCCACAAGCUACCUCACGUUCUGAGAUUGAGAUGGAGCAAUUGAAGCUGAAUUUGUGUCGUGCGCUCACGCGUGACCGCCCCUGGGAAAUUCCUAACAAUGAAUCCACAUGGCAUUUGGCAGUGUUAAAUCUACCUGCAGACGAAGACACAGCCUUGAAGGAAUUUUCUGCCCGUGGACCGGGAUGGGAGUACCUGGCGUCGGAGAGGAAUUACUACCAGCGGUGGUCGUUGUGGAGAAAGGCACAUGCCGAAUUUAUGAUCUGCGGGCAUCGACUUGACGAGUUCUUCAUGGAUCACGUACCAGACGAUGCCUUGCAUGAUGAUUAUAGUGCUGCUUAUAAUGCGGCUAAGGGUUCUAGUCAGGCUCAAAGACUGGUCGUGACGGAGAAAAAUCGAAUCGGAUGGGUUACUGACAAUAAUGAUGGUGGUGCUGAGGAUCAAGUGAUGAGGGGGGAUCUUUUCUGCGUUGUGUUCGGCUGCAGCACGCCUAUUGUCAUACGUCCCAAUCCCAAUGGGUUUGUUGUGCUAGGUGAAGGUUACCUUCAGGGUGUGAUGGAAGGAGAGGCCUUGCAAAUGGUAGAGGACGGAGAGCUCUGUAUUCAAGAUCUCAAGUUCUAUUGA